AUGAAGCGCGAGCUGCGCUCCGUGACGCUCAAGGCGUCGCCGCUGCCGUCCGCUCCACCGGCGCGGCUGUCCUCCAGCCACCGCCGCUCCUCGUGGCGGCUCGGGCCGCUGCUGCUGCUCUACGCGGGCGGCUUCCUGCUGCUCGAGCUGUUCCUGUUCCGUCACGCGCAGUUCUCGAGCCACCGCCGGCUCGUGGAGGUGCCCGGGGACUCGCAGCGGUUCGCGCUGUCGCCGCCGGACCUGGAGGACGCCGAGUUCGCCAAGAUUCAGGUGCCGCGCUGGAUGACGGACGAGAGCAGCGACGUGCCCGUGCAGGAGCGCGAACACCUGAGCUGGCUGCAUGCGGCUUGUAUGGCCAAGAAGCAGGCCAUCAUCCCGUGGCAGCACGGCGCGCCGGAGUAUGAUGGGCAGGAGAGGAGGCCAGAGGCUAAGGUGCUGGAGAGAGGAGACCCACGAGUCAUCGAGCAACUCAAGCAGUGCCCAGACGUGGACAUCUACCUGCCCGACGGCAUCCGAGGACUCGGAUACUGCGAAGACGCAGUCGCAUUUACCAAAUUCCUGCACUCGAGGUUGCUGCCGCUGUGGGCGCUGGAGGACCAUUUCUUCGACCCGGAGACAAACCGCAGCGUCAUGUACUACGAGCUGUGUCCGCUGACGCCGAUGCUGUUCUUCAACCACUACUGGGACUCGCGUCCGGACCGGUCCGAGUGGCCGCGCUCCAAGCCGGUGUACAUCAUGCCGAACAUUGAGAUGCGCGAGCUCACGGCGCAGGAGUAUUGGAGCGUGGACGCGGUCAUCUGCAGGACGCUGGCUUGUGACCAGCGCGUGAAGGCCUGGUACGCGCAGGAGGGGAACCCACGCGACGCCAAGGUCUUCUACACCAGGUUCACGUCGUCCGACUCAGCAGCCCACGCUGUUGAGAUGCUCGGAGAGGAGAAUGUGCGACGGAAAAACUUUGCAAAAGUACGAUUCACACACACGGCUGGCUCCAGUCCGUACAAAGGCACCGAGCAGGUACUCGACUGCUGGUUGUCACAUCCUAACUUCCCGCCUUUGGAUCUAUAUAUCCACGAAGACAUCUACGGGGGGAAAUUCGAAGCCACGUACGAUGACGCGAUUCUGGAGGCGUCUAACGUAAAUCUCAUUCGCAAGCGUAUGGACGCCGUGGGUUUCGGGCAGGUAUUGGCCGAAACGUCAUUUUUCUUGUGCCCAAGCACCCAAGAGGGCUACGGCCACUAUAUCGACCAAGCGAGAGCGUCUGGCGGCGUGAUCAUCACCACGGACGCUCAUCCGAUGAAUGAGCUCAUCUCGUCCAAGGACAUGGGCGUUCUAGUCAAGACUAAGCGCGAGGCCCAUCCGGAUAUGCUGCUCGGAGGCGCGUACCAAGGCACGCACGGGCUCCGAUCCGUCGAUGGACUCGUGGCCAAGUUUUCAGCCGAAGAUCUCUGUGAAUCCGUGCAGUACGUUCUGAAGCACACCAGCCCGGCGAAGCGCGAGGCUAUGGCGGAGAAAGCUCGACGGCAGUACCACGAAGACACCAAGUUCUUCGCGCAGCGCAUGAUCCAGCUUCGACUAUUUGCCCGCGAGAUGCGCAACUCGUGGGUACCGCCGGAGGAGGACAUUGCAGUGGGGGAUCCUGAGCGUAUCAAUCUCUUGCGGGUCGAGUCUUGA